UACUAAAAAAUUGCUACCAAACGAAGCGGAUUCUAUUUUAUUAAACGAAUUUCAAAUUUUUUCAUUUCUAUUAGCUGUGAACGUUGAUAUUAAUAUUGAUAAUAGUCUAAACAAUUGUAAACAUCUGGUUUACAGACGCAGUGUAUACUCAAGAACUUGUGAGGUAUCAAAAUGACCUCGUAUAUUGAUAUGAGUUUGGAAGAUAUCAUACAGAAAAAGAAACGAGAAAAUGUGAAAUCGAAAAAUACGGCGCAACUAGGGAAAGGUAAAAAUGUAAUGCCGAGACCCAAAAUUCCAAUUACUGACGCUAGAAACAAAAUAAUACAUAAAAAAAGAACUCAAAUAGUAGAUGCUAGAGAAAAGUUGGCUGAACUGGCUAAACAGAAGGAUGCCAGAUUAAAAAUAGAACAAAUGAGAUUAAAGCGGCUGUCAUCUCAACAGAAACCUAGAAAUAUGUAUCAGCAUCGCAACAAAUUUUUGAGGACAGUCCAAAAUAAGGAACGGCUGUUCAUUGACCCAUCAAGACAAGUGGUUUCUCAGCCUUUGGCCACUGCCAGAAACAUCUCUAAACAUCUAAACUUACACUCCAGGCGGUUUAAUGAACCAAUUCCCAUACAGGCAAAAUUGUCUGGAAUUACCAGACCUCAACCCAUCCUGAGAACUGUUGAAAAUGAUAUUGAAGUCAUUGAUGAUCCCAUGGGAGAUGAGUAUAUUCCUCCAAAAAGAACAUUAUCAUCCAACCGUAAAGCCAGCUUGCAGCUAAAAAUAAUUGCUCAUAAUAAUGAUCCUUUGGAAAAAAGGACUGCUGUUUACAGAUCUGCUGUACCAGAAAAAGAAAAAAGUCCACCCAGGCCUCCAUCAAUCCUGAAAAAAAGACCAAUGGCAGCUUUACGAACUGAUACCGUUGAAAAGAAAACAGAAAAACCUGUAUUAGAGUACAGGAUUAUAGUCAGUAACUUACGCAACACUGUUACCAGUGGAGAUAUAGAGGAGUUAUUUGGCGAUGUAGGCGGCAUGGCGGAAUCGCGGUUAGUGCGGCCUGGCACUGCUGAAGUUAUAUACAAAACGCAAGAGGACGCCCAGCGGGCUGUGGACCUGUACCACAACAGGCAGCUCGACGGCCAACCGAUGAACUGUCUUCUGGUCACUCCACGUGCCAAUGCCCCACCACCAACAAGGAGCAGUUCAAAGCCGGCCCUAUACAGCACUAACUCCAAUGUGGAACCGGAUAUAUCAACUUUCCACAAAGUGUUAUUCAGUAAUUUGUAAUAGGUUGCAUGUGGGGAAUAUGUAAAUUUUAAAUUAUCAGUUACUCAAACCAUUUAUCAUCAUAACUAAUAAGUAUUCAUAGUAUAAAGUAAAUGUAUAAAAUGGUUCUCUUUCUCUAUUCAAGAAAAUAUAGUAGUAAUUAAGAAAUGUAUUGAAAAAAAAAAUUCAAGUUGUUUUAGGUGCAGUCUUACAAAGUAAAUAAAUUAAAAUAUUGUGCAUAUUCCCUAUUAUGCCCGUCAUUCACUAGGGUGGAAUCGAGUCCCAAUGCUUUACUCCCACAUAUUUGUGUUUGUUUUUUUUUGUAUUGCUAAAUUACAAUGUAUGUUUAGGGAAGUAAAGUAAAUGGACUUGAUUCUGUGCCCCAAUGAAUGCCAUCAUUUAUGAUAAGAGGUACGUCGAAUUUUAUGUAUAUCAAGUAAUUUGACAUUAGAUCAGGAUUCAAAGAAUAUUUCCAUAUAAAUUGUCAUUGUGGUUUCCAUACGAUUGACAUAACAGGUAUACCCAUUAAAACCACACAGGAUCUCUACUACUGUAACAAUAAUAUCUCUAAUCUGUGCAACGUGUGCACAUAAGUUUUACUAGCGGCUCUACUCCUAAGGCACCAUCGCGAUCGUAUUGAUCGUAUAGCUCGUCGCAUCAUCGCAUCAUGUUAAGACGAUUGGUGACCGGAGUAACAUUACUAAAUGACCAAUAGAUGGCGUGAACAUGAAUUUCUAGGGUUUCUAUUGGUAUAUGGGUAUUUAUUUUAAUUCCUCCGAUCACCAUAUUAUCAUAAAUACAGGACGCGGCGGCACAUUAACCUAGAUGUCAUCAUAAAACGGUAUUAACACCUUUAAAGGUGCUGUUUUGCAAAUAAUUUGACCUAUAACACAUAACUGACUCAGUGCCUGAGGUAUGGGAGCGGUACGGGAGGGGUAACA